AUGUUGGCUUUCAAUAAUACUGUUUUGAAUAGACCAACCUUCUCAUUUAUUGGUAUUCCUGGACUAGAAACUGCACAUAUGUGGAUCUCCAUUCCUUUCUUCCUCCUGUACCUUGCAGCUCUUAUGGGUAAUGCUCUUCUGCUUAUGUUAGUUAGAGCAGAACAGAAUCUUCAUGAACCUCAGUUUUAUUUUUUGUCUAUACUUGCCCUAACUGACCUUGGUCUUUCAUUGUCCACGAUGCCAAGUGUCUUAGCUAUCUUCUGGUUUGAUGUCCGCCAUGUAGGUUUGGAUGCCUGUCUAACUCAAAUGUUCUUCAUACAUACUCUGUCCUCUGUAGAAUCAGGUGUCCUGGUAGCCAUGGCUUUUGACCGGUUGGUAGCUAUCUGUGCUCCACUAAACUACAACAGGAUCCUGACCCAUUACACAGUUGUUUGCCUCAGUGGAGCAGCCCUGCUACGAGGUGCUACUUUACUGGCUCCCCUUCCAUUUUUUCUCAGGGCCUUUCCUUUCUGUGGAGCUAAUAUUCUCUCACAUUCUUACUGCUACUACCCCGAUAUGCUGAACCUGGCCUGUGGGGAUGUCACUUUCAGCAGUGCCUAUGGGUUAGCUUUUGUACUUUGCACAUUUGCAGUGGAUGCAGUUUUCAUCCUAGCUUCAUACAUGAAAAUCUUGGGCACUGUUAUGAAGCUGGAGACUCAAGACAGGAAUUGGAGACCACUGCACACUUGUGCGUGUCACCUAUGUACAGUGCUUGUGUUUUACCUGCCUCUCAUCAGCUUAGCGAUCCUGCAUCGUUAUACCCAAGACACCUCCCCAAUUCUGUAUACCAGCAUGAGUAAUGCCUACCUUCUCAUGACACCAUUGCUCAACCCUCUUGUCUACAGUCUCAAAUCCCGACAGAUUCAGUCUGCCCUGCGCAAGCGAUUUUGGAUACAGCGUGUUAUUGCUGGAGAAUGA